GAAUUCUUAUCUAGAUCCUUAAUUGACAAAGAGAAAGCUGUAGUUGGAGAAAAUUUUCGAAUGCAUGACCUCAUUUAUGAUUUAGCUAAACUAGUAUCUGGAAAAAGUUCAUGCUACUUUGAAUGUGGUAAGUUCCCGGGAAGUGUUCGCCAUUUAACAUUUCUUGCCAGGGAGUUUGAUGUAUCUAGGAGAUUUGAGGGCUUGUAUGAGCUAAAAUGUUUGCGGACCUUUCUACAGCGACGCCAAUAUUCAUUUGAAUCAUGUUACUUAGCAAAAGUAGUAUCAUGUGAUUGGUUGCCAAAACUAAGAUGCUUGCGAACACUCUCAUUGUCUGAAUACAAAAAUAUCACUGAGCUGCCCAAUUCAAUUGGUAAUCUGGUGCUUCUAAGGUAUCUAGACCUUUCCUAUACUUACAUCAAAAUGUUGCCUAAUGCAACCUUUGUGCUUUACAAUCUGCAGACUUUGAAAUUAUCCAAUUGUAAAUUUCUAAUUCAGCUGCCAGAACAAUUAGGAAAUUUGGUCAAUUUACGUCACUUGGAUAUCAGUGACACAUAUUUGGAGUUGCCGACACAAAUAUGCAAUCUACAAAGUCUCCGUACAUUGACUUAUUUUGUAGUAGGCAAACAAAAUGGACUAAGCAUCACGAAAUUAAGAAGAUUUCCCCAUUUGCAGGGUAAGCUUUCCAUUUUGGAACUACAAAAUGUUGACCAUCCCAUGGAGGCAUUUCAAGCCAACCUGAAGAAAAAAGAGCAGAUUGAGGAGCUUACGUUGGAAUGGGGUAGUGAUCCACAGGAUUCACAAAUUGCCAAAGAUGUACUUGACAAUCUGCAACCGUCAACAAAUUUAAAGGAACUCAACAUCAGAUCCUAUGGCGGCACAAGCUUUCCAAAAUGGCUGGGUGAUUCUUCAUAUUCUAAUGUUAUAGUCCUUGGUAUUACUGAUUGCAACUAUUGCUUGUCACUUCCCCCAUUUGGACAAUUACCUUCUCUUAAGGAGCUUGCCAUCAAAAGGAUGAAAAUGGUAAAUACAAUUGGCAAUGAGUUCUACUGCAGCAAUUUAGGUUUGUCUUCUUUUCAGCCAUUUCCGUUAUUAGAGAGUCUCCAAUUCGAAGACAUGCCAGAGUGGGAGGAGUGGUUACCAUUUGAAGUUGAAGGUAGCAACUUUUGUUUUCCUUGUCUUAAGAGUUUGACAUUAUCCAAGUGCCCUAAUUUGAGAGGAAACUUGCCCAGCUCUCUACCUUCAUUAACAAAGAUUAGUAUCUCAGAGUGCAAACUGCUAGAAACAAAAGCAUGUGAUCUGCAAUGGAACUCAUCAGUUGAAGUUAUACAUAUUAGAGAAGGGGGAGAAGAUCUGUUCUCUUUGCUUGACAAAUAUUCUUGGUUGGAACUAUCUAUUGAAAAUUGUGACAGCUUUCAAUCUUUGCCAAGAAUGAUGCUCGGUGCCAAUUGUCUUCAAAGGUUGACUCUUAAAAAUAUCCCUUCUUUAAUUUCUUUUCCAACACAUGGUUUGUCCACGUCAUUGCAAUUACUUGAAAUCAAAUACUGUGGGAACUUAGAAUUUCUAUCUCAUGAAACAUGGCACAAAUACACAUCACUUGAAAAACUGAUAAUUCGGAAUAGCUGUCAUUCCAUGAAAUCCUUUCCAUUGGAUUGCUUCCCAUCCCUUCAAUGGAUUCAUAUAUUGUAUUGUCCCAACUUGGAAGCAAUUACUACUCAAGGUGGAUGGGUUGCUCUCAAAUUAUUAAUUUUUUGUAUACGUGGUUGUGAGAAACUUUCAUCACUGCCAGAACAGAUUGUUCUCCCUGUCCUUAAAUACUCCUACCUUAGAGGGCUUCCGCAGCUAUUAUCGAUUCCCCCAAGUUGUUUGCCUUCCAGUUUAGAAUCACUUUGGAUUGGUAUUGGAAUUUUAUCAUCAAUGUCUAAACAUGAGUUAGGUUCGCUAUUCCAAUGCCUCACUUCUCUGUCAAGUCUUCGCCUUUGGGGUUUUUCGGGGGAAGAUCUGCUCAAUACCUUGUUGAAGGAGCGGUUACUGCCUACUUCUCUCCAGCAUCUGAUGCUGUGGUCUUUUGAUGGUUUAAAGUUGUUGGAAGGAAAAGGGCUUCAACAUCUCACUUCUCUCCGAGAGCUUCACAUAUGGUAUUGUGGAAGCCUUGAGUCCUUGCCAGAAGAUCAAUUGUCACCCUCUCUAGAAUUACUGGAGAUUGAUUCCUGUCCUUUACUAGAAGCAAGGUAUCAAAGUCAGAAAGGGAAAUAUUGGUCUAAGAUUGCUCACAUUCCGGCAAUCAAGAUAAAUGGUGAAGUGAUAAUAUAAGAUGUUAUGAACUGUUGAAAAGACGACUUCAUCGAAGAGGCCGGGGCCACUGAAGCUGGAGAAGUAUGAUGCUGCUGUGAAGAUCAAGAUCGUCAAGGAAGUGAGGGCUUUCACUGACUUGGGGCUGAAGGAAGCGAAGGACUUGGUGGAGAAGCCUCCCUGUGUUUUGAAGAAGGGGCUCACUAAGGAGGAGGCUAAGCCCAUCAUGGAGAAGCUUAAGGAGUUGGGUGCUGCUGUUGUGUUGGAUUGAUUCUCAAUUUCACUUUGAUGUUCUGAAUUUUGUGUUAGUUAUAG